CCGCUAGCAGAAACCACCACACCAACCAUAGGUCAGAGAAAAUCAUCCUGAUGGCAGCUUUGCAGCUUUUCCUGCUGGGUGCUGUGUGUCUGCUGUCCAGCAGCCUGGCCCUGCCUCUGCUCCAGGAGGCAGGAGGCAUGAAGGAGCCACAGUGGGAACAGGCUCAGGACUAUCUCAAGAGAUUUUAUUUUCAUGGCUUGAAAUCAAAGGAAGUCGAUAGCUUAGAAACCAGACUGAAGGAGAUGCAGAAGUUCUUUGGCCUGCCUAUAACUGGAAGGUUAAACUCCCACCUCAUAGAAAUAAUGCAUAAGCCCAGAUGUGGUGUACCAGAUGUUACAGAAUACUCACCACUCCCAAGCAGCCCGAAGUGGACUUCCAGAGUAGUCACCUACAGGAUCGUGUCAUACCCAUUUCCUACUCAAAAUUUAUCACCUGUCAGAGUGGACCAAAUAGUGGCAAAGGCUUUCAACUUGUGGAGCAAAGAGAUUCCACUGCAUUUCAAGAGACUCCGGUUGGGAAUUGCUGAUAUCAUGAUUGGCUUUGCCAGAGGAGCUCACGGGGACGCUAGCCCCUUUGAUGGACCAGGAAACACACUGGCUCACGCCUUCCCACCUGGGCCCGGCCUUGGAGGAGAUGCUCACUUUGAUAAGGAUGAACACUGGACCGACGGUAGCAGUUUAGGAAUUAACUUUCUGUACGUGGCAACUCAUGAACUUGGCCAUUCUUUGGGUCUGGAUCAUUCCUCAGAUCCAAAUGCUGUGAUGUAUCCAACCUAUGAACAUGUGGAUUCCCAAAAUUUCAAACUUGGACAGGAUGAUAUUGAAGGCAUUCAGAAGCUAUAUGGGGAGAGAAGUGAUUCAAGGAAGAGAUAGAAACUUCAGGGAGAACUUCCAAUCGUUCAAUGGGUUCUACAUCAGUGUUCCCCAACCAAAAGUAAAAAACAUCAUUCCUGCACUCCACUUAGCACUUAGUUCAUUCUUUCUUGGAUGGCAGUGGGUUUUGCAUGUCUUUCACUCUGAGGAUAAACUCCUUUAUGGAAUGACUGUGCCUUUACACAUAUAUGACUCUUAUCUAGCAACUUGCAAUCAGUAGAUGUCAAUUAAUGUAAUAUGCACAAUGAAGUAAAAUUUUUAUUCUCUAGAGAAA